AUGAGAAAGGUAUGUCUUUAUUAUUCUUUUAAUACAAUUACAUCAACUUCUAUAAACUAUAGAAUUAAACCUACUUUAAUCGAUGAAUCUGGAUCUUGUACAAAUGCAAUCAAUUUCAUUGUGCAAUUAAAUUACACUUUAAAAGAUUCUGAUUUUAAAGCUGAGUACUUAUACUCAAAUCUUAUGACUGCGAAUAUUGUUCAUGAUGGAGAGAACCAAAUGUUUACAUUUGAUUUUUCUUAUAUUAAACCAUCCAAUACCGACUAUCAAAAUGUUACGUUCAACAUUACCAGACCCUUCGAUCCAACAUUUCCUUUUCCAAAUGGUUACUCAUUCCCAGUUGGUGAAUUUAUUUGUAGAAAUUUUUCAAGUGCCCAAUUUCAAAUUGUGAAAGUAGGAAAACCAUUGGCAACAAGUUCUGGUCUUCAAACUCAAAUAAUACAAUUCAAUUUUGAUCCGUUAUUCUACCAACAAAUUCCUCUAAAUUUUUUGAGAUGCUCAAUAUUAAGUUUUGAUUCUUAUUUUAAUUGUACAAUUGCAAAACCUAAGUCAGGAAAGUUGAGCCAAUAUAUUCUAGUACUUUUUUUAUAUCCCGGAUAUACAUCAAUUCCUUCCAAUGUCACAGUAAGAAUUAAUGUAUAUGGAAUGACAAUCUAUCAGAGUAUUGAUAUUAAAUUCCCAAUAGAUGUUUAUAGAUCCACCAAAUAUUUAUAUACCGAGAGCUAUCCAAAUUCAGGAGUAACAAUUCAACGAGAUUAUCAAUAUAUAGACUAUAAUUUUAUUAUUUUCAAUUAUUUUCAGAAUUUCAAUUCUAUUCUCUUGCCUAAUAUUUAUACACCGCAUCCAUUCCCUGUCUUUAGAAACGAGACUCAUAUAGUUUUUGCAAAUGAGAAUACAUAUUACAACUCUACUGGAUUAUAUGCUACCUAUUUAUGUGAUAGUACUUCGGAUAUUGUCUACGAGAAUUACUCAUCAACAUUGAUUGGAUUAUUUUUUGAAGAUAAUAGUAUAUUCAGUGACUAUAUAGAUAACGAGACAAAUACUGUCUUUUUCAUUGCAAAUUUAAACUAUCAAUCAGUACUCAAUAUAUACUUGUCUAUUGAAGUUGAUACCCUAAGGUAUUCGGUAUCAAACUUUUAUCCAUAUGUUUUAGAUUAUACAAAUAAUCCUCCAAGAUUUAAUUAUACAUUUUUGUUACCAUUUUCAGAUGGACCAAAUUCAAAACAAAUUUAUGCAAAAAUAAGUCCAUAUUCAAUUGCUAAAUCAUACAAUUUACCAAAAGGCCCUACAGCACCAGCUCAAUAUAUAUCUGUAGUGGAAAGUUUUGAAAUGAGAAAUUUGACAGGUAAUUCUGUUGUCAUUCGAAUGAGAGUAAGAUCAAACUUUCAAAUAAUGUAUUUCAGUUUUGCACCUUUGCCAGAUAUUAUAAAUGUUGAUAAUAGAAAUCUAGUGGAUGGAAAUGAAUUCAAUGGAACAUAUGAAUUCCAAUGUAAUUUUGUUAUACCUGAUUAUUUAUUUGCAUUUGUCACGACAAAUUUUAAUUAUUUCCGAUAUUAUUCUGGAAUUACUUAUAAUAUGAAUGGUGAUACCCUUCCUUCUUUACCUGUAAUUCAAUUAAAUAUCGAAAGUUUAACAUAUUUCAAAUUUUCACAAAACAAUAUAACAUUGGAUGGUGGUGAUAAUAUUUUAGAAUUAAAUAUUAGUUUGGCUGAUGAUAUUAUCGAUAUGAUAGAUUCUGUAAAAUUCACACUUCCAACUCACAAGAAGACAUUUGUUGCACUAUAUGAUCAAAAAUUGAAUCUUUAUGUUUUCAAUAUAAAACUACCAAUCGAUUUAAAUUAUGGAACUUUAGAAUAUUAUUUAUCUAUUAAUAAUAUUAAUUUUGAAUAUUUUAAUAUUUUUGACAAGUAUGGUGACAGUGCUUUGUUAUUUGUUUCAAAAACAUAUAAUAAAAUUGGAUUUUUUAAACCAAUUGUAACUGAAGUAAUAUUAUUAAAUUCAAAUUUAGUUAUUGAUCAAAAUGAACAGAUAACAGUUGGUUGGUCGAUAAGAAUUGUUGAAUCAUAUAUUGGUAUUUCAAAUGGAACUGUUUCUGUAAUUUCAGAUCGUGACUAUUUGCCAAGAGUAAUCAGUUUCAACGAAUCAAAUUUAAUUGAAGGUGAUAGAUUCAAUGGUCUUUAUAAUAUCAGUUUUGUACUCAAAGUCAAUUGUGUGUCACAAACCUUCAAGAUUGCAAAUAUUUCAUUAUUUGACUAUGAUCAAGAAUUAAACAGAGCUGAUUAUCUUUUGUAUAGUACUUUGAUACAAUCAAAAGAACUACCAAUUAAAUAUGAUUAUCUUUCAUUUAUUUAUGGAUCAACAACUUAUAAGAAUCAAUUAAAUGUACAACUUUUGUGUAAUAGUAAUUCAGGUGAUAUUAAUCCACCAUCAAUUAGUAGUUUUACAUUCAGUUCAUCAGUGGAUGUUGGUACUUUGGAUAGAACGGUUGAGUUCAAUUUAACAACAUUUGAACUCAGUACUGAAUCAGGAGUAUCACUUCGACACCAUCCAGUUAUUCAUUUAAAUUCAGAGAAUACCAAUCAUAUUCAAUUGACAACUAAUAUUGUUAAUAUUUCUGGUGAUUUUGUAAACUACAAUGUCAAAGUUCAACUUCCAUUUGCAUUUGGAAUGAAUUAUAUUUUUGUCAGUGUAUUUGGAAUUGUUGAUAACAAUUUGAACUACAAAGCAUAUAAUAGUUUGGAAUUGAAAAAUCUAAAUUUCAAAUAUUACAUCAAACGAGAGUUUUCAUUGAUAACUCCAAUCAUUGAACAUUCAUCGGAAUUGACAAACAGAGGUGGAUCAUUGACAAUUUAUGGCAAAUCAUUUGGAUUGAACAAUGAUAAUAUGGCAUCAUACAUUGAUUAUGGAAAUGGUUAUGAAACAAUUGAAUUAACUUUCCAUUCUGGUAUCAUUUUACAAUUUAAAAACAGAAUUAAACCAAUCAAUUCAAAUUUCAUUAAAUUCAAAGUGAUAAGAAACUCGAUAUCAUCAAAUGAAUUCAUUAUUCCAGUUAUUCAAUUACCUCCUCUUUCAACUCCAACUCCAACACCAACCUCAGCACCAGUGAAAUGUCCAGGAACACCAUCAUGCAAUAAUAAUGGACAAUGUAUCAAUUCGAUUUGUCAAUGUAAUCAACCUUGGUAUGGUCCAUCUUGUUCUUCAAAAACUAUCAUUGUUCCGAUUCCACCAGCAUAUCCAGAACCAGCAACAGGUACAAAUGUAACAACAUCUGGAAGUUUAAUCACAACAUCGAUUGAAAUCAUUGGAAUCAGAGAAUUGGAUGAUAUCAAUAAUAUCGUUGAACAAUUCAACAUCAGUACUUGGAAUUUCACAGAUCAAACAACACCAACAACCAAUCCAAAAUAUUUCUAUUCAACACAAAUCAAUCAACGAUCAACCAUCUUAAAUGUGACAAUUGAAUAUUUCAAACAAUCAACAAAUAUCACAUUUGCAAAUCAGAAUCUAUUCAUUCCACAAUCAACAAUCAAAUUCACAAUGAAUCUGAAUUCAUAUCGAUUCAAACAACCAACCAACACAUUACAAAUAUUGAUGAAGGCAACGAUUGAAAGUGAUCAAUCAGAUGUUUGUUCAUCAUCUGGAUUUGGAUCAGUGAAUGGAUCGAUUCAAUGGAUCAAAUUGAAUGUUGGAGAUCAAAGUCUUUAUGGAAGAUUCUUAUCUGAUGGUAUGAUCGAUAAUACAGUUACACCAAUCAAGAAUGUUAUCAUUGAUCAAGACGAUAUCGAUUCAGAACAAAACAAACAAUUCCGAUCAGCAAUUGUUGGAAUAACCAUUCCAUCAUAUUCAGAUUUUGUUGAUUUAGAUCCUGAUUUCUCUAAUCUCAUUGAUGUUGGUUCAAGUGACACCUCUGACUUUAUAUGUGCUGAUAAGAAAGGAUUGUCAACUGGUGCAAUUGCUGGUAUCGUUGUUGGUGGUGUUGUGUUCAUAGCUAUAUUGGUUGGUGGAAUUUUGUUUGCAAAAAGAUAUCACAAAUUUAGAAAACAAGAUCUCAAAUUGAAAAAACGUAUAACAAAAAUUGACCAGCUUUCAAACUAA